UGAACCUGCUUAGCAAACAAUGCAAUACAGGGGUCCGACGGAAACCCUCGUAAUACGGCUAUUACCUUUUUCCCCCUUCUCACAAAGCCGAAAGAAUUGCAGGAAAUUCAGAAGAAGAAGAAGGUUGAAGAAAAGAAGUGGGAGAGGAUAUCAUACAACUUUAUCCCUUGAUAGCGUCUGACAUUUCCUUCCUGGAUAUGGCUGAGAACAAAGGGGUUGUUCCUCCACCCCACGAUUUGAGUGCCAAGUGGGAUGCUUGUCUUGAUUUGACGCUGCGUCGAUUCGUUUACUCUUCCUUCGCUGGUGCAUUUGGUGGCCUCCUUUUCUUCAGGAGUCCGGUGACUCGUUGGGCUUCUAUAGCUUUUGGCGCUGGAUUGGGCAUUGGAUCAGCAUACACAGAUUGUAAUUCUUUAUUUGAAGGUUCCACCGCCAAAUUCACAUCUCCAAAAAUCACAGAGGCUCAGCCUUCACAGGAGGGGCAAGAUUAAGGACAAAUACUGUGCGAAGCAAGCUGUCUUGAGAUUGAAUGGAUGUGAAACCGUAAUUUUACUUGAGAUUGUUUAAGCUUACUUUUCCCAUGUUUGGUUUCAAUUGUGUAAUGCAAACUUUUUUGCUUGUUGACAUUAUAUUUCACCUCCAUGCACGCUACAGAUUUUUGUAAGCAUCUGCAACUUUCCCCUGUUGCUUAUAGAGUUUCGUGAGCUGGAGAGGAAAAAAGAAAUCAAUAAGUACUCUUCUCGCCACCCUCACUUUGGUUAUCUAAUUCAUGCUUUGACAACCAUCUUUUGUAUUGUACUCUUUGCAGUUUGAUGGCUUGAAGUAGUAGGGAAACGUGAUAAAAUAUUUUGGACUCUGGUUAAUGAGACUUAGGUUUUGUU